AUGAAUGAAGUAAUUGCAGAAAUCAAAACCCUCAAAUUAGAUAUUGCGGUCAUUACAGAGACGAAAAAGAAGGGACAAGGAUCGGAAAGCAUGGGAUACUACGACCAUUUCUACAGUGGAGUACCGAAAGAUCGAAGAGCCCAGCAGGGAAUAUCCAUACUGAUAAGAAGAAACCUUAGGAAAUACAUACAAUCUUGGGAAGCCAUCAGUGAAAGAAUAAUCAAAAUGAAUUUAACAAUAUAUGGACACCGAACAACCAUCAUAGAAGUGUAUGGAGUAAAUGAUGACUCUCUGGUGAGCACAAAAGACAAAUUCUUCGAAGAUCUGAAGAACGAGAUUAUGAAGGUAGGAAAAUCAAGAGAAAUUAUCAUCCUUGGAGACCUGAACUCUAGAGUGGGAAAAAAUAGAAACAGCCAAAUAGUGGGUCCAUAUGGAGAAGAUACCAGAAAUGACAACGGAAACCGGUUAAUAACUUUAUGCGAACAGAAUGAUGUAAAAAUAAUGAAUGGCUACUACCAACACCGAGAUAUACACAAAUACACGUGGAUACAACCUACAAGAAAUCUAAAAUCAAUUAUCGAUUAUACAAUUGUGAGGAGGGAAACAAAGUGGAAUAUACAAGAUGUUAGGGUUCACAGAGGAGCCACCUGUGGUAGUGAUCAUCAUCUCCUCAGAACUAUAGUAGUACACAAAUCAAGAAGAGAACACCGUGAAUCAGAGCAUAAACAUCAAAUAGUCCACAAACCAAAAAGAUAUAAUUUAGAUAGCCCAGAUCAUGAAAGUACGAAAGAACUCUACAAGAAACGUCUAAACGAAAAAUUAACAGAAAAAAGAUUUACAAACCCCGAAGAAUAUUAUGAAUAUAUCAAAACAUGUAUCCACUCGGCUGCAUACGAAGCACUAGGCAUGUACGAACCCAUUAAAAAAAGAAAACCAUAUUGGUGGGCCCCAGACAUAUAA